UGCAGCAUGAACAAAGCGUCGAUCAACUUCAUCCUGGACGCGCGGCCACCGAGUCGCAAGUGCCCCGUGCACGCGGCGCAGAAGGCCAUGGAGAAGCGCUUGUACAACCGCGAGCGGCAGCAGCACCUCCGCCGCAUCGAGAACCACGAGCGCCAAAUGCUCAAAGUCCAGAUCCAUGAGCUCGAGCUCGAGCUCCAGCGGCUCCAGCACCGCGGCCGGCCCUCGCAGAGUCCGUCCUCGCUCCUCCCGGCCGAGGUCGAGAACCGGUCACUAAAGCGCCGUAUGCACGAGUACUCGUCCUUCAUGCACGAGAUGGCCAACUGGGCAACGCAAAUCACGCAGAGCAUGAGCUCGGACGCGGCGUGGAUGGCUGGUCUCGACCAUGAUGACAGCAGCAUGUCUGCCAACAACGCAGCAACCGCCGAUGCGCUUGACGUGGAGAACCUCCCGUCCGGCCAGCGCAAGCGCCUCUACAACCGCAUGCGCCAGCGCUUGUACCGUCGUCGGGAAGUGGAGGAAGCCGACUUGCUCCAGCAGCAGGUGGUCGAGCUCACGGCCACGCUCGACGCACUCACAAAGACGCCGGCCGAGGCCGACCGCCUCUCGCGCGCCGACCUCGAUCGCAGCCGGAACCACGAGCUCAAGUGCCGCCUCGACGAGCACCAAGAACUCGCCCACUCGAUGCUGGGAUGGAUCGCACACACGGCGGCGCAAAUCGACCGUGACCGCCACUGGAUCAGCGCGCCUUGCUAG